AUGUGGAUAGAGCCUUUGUAUCCUAUUUUAGAUCCUGGAACCUUGGAAAACCUUGUUGCGAGUUCCUUGACUUCACCAAUCAACGAUACGAUUCAUCCUGUACAAGCUGCUAAACAGAACAUGAAGAUGGCAAGCUUUUACCUAGUCAUGGCCCUCGGGGCUAUCAAUAUCAAAAACUUCUUCAAGCAAUCACAGGUUCGGUCCAAUCAAGGAUUGUUCCAGAAUCCAUCCGCCUCCAGACGGUCGGCUGCCGACUUAUAUGGUGAAGCAAUCAAGUGUAUGGAUAUCAGCACUCAGCACCACGUACCAAGUAUAUUGUUCAUACAAAUACUACUUUUGAUCUCAAUCUACAGUUUACAUGGACCAGUCGCAUCAAGCCAAUGGCAACUGGCCGGAUCAGCGAUGCGGAUGGCAAUCGAGAUAGGAUUGCACAAUUCAUCCACAGCUUCAGGUUUCUCUGAGGCAGCGACAGACCAGAGGAAUCGUGUAUUCUGGUCUGCUUAUGCUAUCGAGAUCAGUCUGGCUUACAACCUUGGUCGUCCUCCGUCGAUUGGAGAAGAGCACAUCACGGCAGAAAUACCGAGAAUUUCUAGCACAACCUUGUCCAGUAUCCUUCAUAUCAAACAUAGACAGAUCCAGAGUCGUGUCAUAUCCCAGGUCUAUCGUGUCAACAACAAAGUGCGAAGCUUGACGGAGGCGCAAGAUAUGAUCGCCCAACUGCAGGAAGAACUUGAUCAAUGGAAAUCUAUGAUACCGGAUCCACGCCAACCAAAUGAAGACUCUCCUUACCCCUAUAGUUUUUGGGUCCGGCUUUACAAUGGCACAUCUCUCGUCCUACAUCGAUCCAGCCCCUUGUGCCCAAACCCUUCACGAGAGUCACUCGGUAUAUGCCUUAAAUCAGCUGGUGCUUACAUAGAUAACAUUCUCGAACUCUUACGUGAAAGCAACGUACCCCUCUCCUGGAUGCUUGUUCAAGGAGUCAUGUUUGCUGGGUUGACGAUGUUGAUCACGGCAAGAACAGGGUUCAAACAGUUAGACCCACGUGUGGGCCUGCUUUCUUUGCUCGUUGACCUGCCCGCCUGGACUAGGAAAUGUUCUGUUUGCUUGGCUAUCAUGGACGAACGCUGGCACGAAGAUCUCCUGCCAAAACUAAAUUCGCAAUUUGAGGUUCUUGUCAACGAUACUUUGCAGUUGAUCUCUUCUGCCAUCACUUCCCCCAGAGACGUCGAUGUUCUUGGAGAGGUAUCCGUUCCAUGGCCAUCGGAGAUGACAGCACCAACUCUUGGUUUAGAUGAUUGCAGUUUUGAGGGUGCUCAUCUCCCGGAUAGUGGUUUCCCGGGUCCUUGGUAUGACUUCGAGCUAAUGAGGGACAUAAUGGGGUUUGAUCCUGCGCAAACCUUCUGGGAUACAUUUCCUCCAGAAUAA